GGAUCGCAGUGCGCGUGGCCGCGGCGGCUGGUGUGGGGUUGAGUCAGUUGUGAGACCCGGAGCUGCGGACGGGCGGGCGGCCCAGCGAGCCGGCGACAGAGCGGCGGGCGUCGGGUUCGGGAGCCGAGCGCUGGCCCCGCGUCAAGUCGGGCCGAGCCGCGCCGCAGUCGCCGCCGCCGCCGCCGCCCCCCGCCCGCAGCCAGCGACCCGCCGCGGGCGCGCCCCCGCUCUGCGCUGUCUCCGAUGGCGUCCGCCUCCGGGGCCAUGGCGAAGCACGAGCAGAUCCUGGUCCUCGACCCGCCCACAGACCUCAAAUUCAAAGAUUCUAUCAGGUCUGUUAAACCUGCAGGCUCCAGGGAUCCACGAUACACCCCCACCCCAGAUCGCCCCAUCUCACCCUCACCCUCCAGAAAAACCCAAGGCCCCUUCACAGAUGUAGUCACUACAAAUCUUAAGUUGCGAAAUCCAUCGGAUAGAAAGGUGUGUUUCAAAGUGAAGACUACAGCACCUCGUCGGUACUGUGUGAGGCCCAACAGUGGAAUUAUUGACCCAGGGUUGACUGUGACUGUUUCAGUAAUGCUGCAGCCUUUUGACUAUGACCCCAAUGAGAAGAGUAAACACAAGUUUAUGGUACAGACCAUCUUUGCUCCACCAAACAUUUCAGAUAUGGAAGCUGUGUGGAAAGAGGCAAAACCCGAUGAAUUGAUGGAUUCUAAAUUGAGAUGUGUAUUUGAAAUGCCCAAUGAAAAUGAUAAAUUGAACGACAUGGAACCCAGCAAAGCCGUUCCCCUGAACGCUGCGAAGCAGGACGGGCCCGUGCCAAAGCCACACAGUGUUUCCCUCAAUGAUACUGAGACGAGGAAGCUCAUGGAAGAGUGCAAGAGGCUCCAGGGAGAGAUGAUGAAGCUAUCGGAAGAAAACCGACACCUGAGAGAUGAAGGCUUAAGGCUCAGAAAGGUAGCACAUUCGGAUAAACCUGGAUCCACCUCAGCUGCAUCCUUCAGAGAUAAUGUCACCAGUCCUCUUCCUUCACUUCUUGUUGUAAUUGCAGCCAUUUUCAUUGGAUUCUUUCUAGGGAAAUUCAUCUUGUAGAGUGAAGCAUGCAGAGUGCUAUUUCUUUUUUUUUCUCUUGACCAGAAAAAGAUUUGUUUACCUACCAUCUCACUGGUAGUGUGGCCCACGGUGACCAUUCUUUGUGUGUACAGCGUCAUAUAGGCCUCGCCUGUAACAGUCUCACGGUUAGAAACACAGUAAGAGCAGAGUGUUGGGCUCCCGGACAGCGUGAACGUCACCAGACCAUCCCUAGCAGGUGUCAUUGCACAUUCAGUCCUUUAUGAAAUUCAUAAGUAAAGAAUUGUUCUUUCUUUGUGGUUUUAAUAAGAGUUCAAGAAUUGUUCAGAGUCUUGUAAAUGUUAUUUUAAUAAUCCCUUUAAAUUUUAUCUGUUGCUGUUACCUCUUGAAAUAUGAUUUAUUUAGAUUGCUAAUCCCACUCAUUCAGGAAAUGCCAAGAGGUAUUCUGUGGGGAAAUGGUGCCUCUUACAGUGUAAAUUUUCUCCUUUACCUUUGCUAAUAUCAUGGCAGAAUUUUUCUUAUCCCUUGUGAGGCAGUUGUUGACUGAGUUUUUCAUCCUUCCAACCCUGUCCCAUGGUAUUUAACACAAAAAUAAUAAAACUGUUAACAGAUUCUUGCUCGAUA